AAUGAGCUUCAGCAUUGGCUCCACUCCACUGACCCGGAUGCUCUGUCCAUUAUUUUUUACAGUCUAUGGUCUCAGGAGAAAGACAGCAAGUGUUCUGGUCUUUUCUCCAGUAACAGUGGUGUCCUAUUUCUUUUGUUGUCUGUCCCUCCAGAGUUCCCACAGCAACAUGUCUGUAAGGAGGAGGAGGUUCUCUCUGACCAGCAGCUCUGUACUCAGGUGAGGAACUCCAGUCUGGACCGAGAGGACCCAGAGCCUCCACAGAUUAAAGAGGAACUGUGCACCAGUCAGGAGGGAGAGCAGCUCGUCCUGAAGCAGGAGACUGAUACCUUUAUGUUGACUUCUACUUAUGAGGAAAGGGACCACAGUGAAGGUCAGACUCUGAACUUAAACCCUGAUGAUGACACUCUAAAUGCAGCAGAGAUAGAGUCUUUAGCCAACAUGCCAGUUAUAACCUCUGUGGAUUCAGAAGCAAACAGGGACCCCCAGCUCCAUAGAGCUGAGAACCAAGAUCAGAAAGGAGGCCAGCAUGGAGACUCAGGAUCAACUAAAAAUGCAGAGCCAGGACCAAAGAAGAGACGACGCACGAGCAGAAGUCACAGUAACAACGUAGACAACACUAACAUAUCAGAGACAGACGUCCAACAGCUGUCGGUGGUUAAAGCAGAGGUUCCCCCUGAGCAGCAGGACUGGAGCUCCAGUCCGGACCAGGAGCACCCAGACCCCCCACACAUUAAAGAGGAGCAGGAGAGAGAGCAG